GUUCUAUGACAUCUAUGUAAAUAUAUAUAGUUCAUAUUUUAUACCACAUAUGAUACCACAAAAGAAUUAAUAUCUGUAAAUACCAUGUAACAUCGUGUGAAUCACAUGAAAGGCUCUGAGCCGAAAUCUCAAAGGUUUACAUUAGAUUACACAAGCGUUAGGCACCGGCCAUUGGAUUUGGGUACCAAACCAAGCGGAAAGCAGAAGGCCGGAAGGCGGCAAGGGCAAGAAAAUUUGAGCGAUUGUGGAGUGGUAUAGUGGCAGUGGCGUGUAUUAGCCAAAUAUUGAUUUCAAGUUUCCUCCGGCCAAACAAACUGGUAAUCGGCUUCUAAGAACAGUAUAAAAGCCCAGCAUAUACUAACUACAUACCACAUAUCCGCUACUGCACUAUUAUUAUCCGCCAAAUAUAUUUCAGAAUGAAGGCCUCACUUUUCUCUCUUCCCGCGCUCCUCGCAACAAUAGCUUUCUGUCUACUAUUUGUAGGGGCGUGUACUCGUGUCUGGAUAGGUGUUGACAGUAACUUGACGCCCGGAGUCGUCGACAAUGGCACAAACAACACAUCGGGUACCCCUGGCUAUGUUUACCCCUCCCACUUCGGACUUUGGACUGGUUGCUACGAAUACACGUCCACCGGAGAGCAGUUCGGAUGUGCAUACAUUACCGCUUCAUGCAACGUGCAACGUUAACGGUAACAUUUCUAUUGUGCUACACAGACACAAACUUAUGCUAUUUUGUCGGCGAUGAAUUGUACUGCGCAGCGACGAGAUAUGGAGCAAUCGACAACUGUGCUGCAUUUAUCUCGGCCCGUUCAUUUAUGGUUAUUGCGAUGAUUUUCCUGUGUUCGGCCAUGGUUAUGUUGUUGUCUGGCCUUAAGUACUCCGCUGCGGACAAAAUGUCUGUAGGCUUCUUAUGGACAACCGUGGUAUUCGAGUCAAUUACAAUGGGCUGUAUCAUUGGCGGGGUUUACCACGGUACUGGAGAAGGACCAGCUACCACCUACACUGUUCAAGACAACUUCCAUCUCGAUUGGAGCUUCAUUUGCUUUGGUGUAGCGUUCGGCCUCACAUUUUUGGCAGCCAUUGCGGCCACCGGAUUCGUAGCCGUAGCACCUAAAGACGAGGUCCAUUUUGAUACACCCUGCCCUAAUGAAAAACCUCUAGAUGUGUAAAGUUUGAAACUAGUAAAUAUUAAUAAAUACAAAUAUAAUAUAAAGAUAA